AGAGGACGGCGGGGCGGGGCUUGAGGGGGCGGGGCCGGGCGCGCGGGCAGCCAUGGCGCAGCAGCGGGUGUUGCCGCAAAGCAAGGAGACGCUGCUGCAGUCCUACAACAAGCGCCUCAAGGACGAUGUCAAGUCCAUACUGGACAACUUCACCGAAAUCAUCAAGACGGCCAAGAUUGAGGAUGAAACUCAAGUAUCUCGAGCAACUCAGGGUGAACAAGAUAACUAUGAGAUGCACGUCCGAGCUGCAAACAUCGUCCGAGCUGGUGAGUCCCUGAUGAAACUUGUGUCUGACCUGAAGCAGUUCUUGAUCCUCAAUGAUUUCCCCUCUGUGAACGAAGCUAUCAACCAGCGCAACCAGCAGCUGAGAAGCUUGCAGGAGGAAUGUGACAAGAAGCUGAUUGCACUACGUGAUGAGAUCUCCAUUGACCUGUACGAGCUAGAAGAAGAAUAUUACUCUUCCAGCUACAGUCUGUGUGACAGCAAUGAUCUGCCGCUGUGCGAAGCCUACUGGAGACAAGACUUUGCCACGCUCUCCCCCGAAAGCCUCUCCAUGCCUCUGACAGCUGCCGCAGCAGAGCAGAGCGUCGCCACCUCCCAGAGCUCAACCCCGUCGCACCCCCACGUCAACGGGCACGGGGCAGGCCCCGUGGAGCACUCCUGAAGAGGAUCCUCUGCUGCCAAAGCUGUUCCUCCUGGCUGCUGGAUGUCUUCCACCUGCUGUAUCGAGCGUCUCCCGCUGCCAGAGGGCACUGGAGCUGUGGUGAACAGGUUUCUGCCCACUGGGUGGCCCCGGUGCUUUCUCCACCCUGGGACGUUGCCAUGAGUGUUCCUCACCCUUAAGAGAACACGAUAAGUAAAUAACAAAGCUGAUUGUUCUAACAAAUUAGAGUUAGGUUUGCUUUUACGUGGUAGUUAUGUGUAGAGUUUGUUAGAAAUCCAGUUUGUUUCCAUGUGGAAGCUGUAGGAAGAGAAAAAAACAACCCAGCAACCACAAAUAGAGCAUUCCUGCAGAUUUUUUUUCUGUUAAAAUGUGAAGAAUGACUCACAUGAGAAGUACUUCACCAGGUUAUGUCAGGUCAGCAUUGAGUUUGUUGUACUUUAAUCAGGUCAGUCAUGGUUGUUUGGGUCUGUCUUUUUAAAGUUUAUUUCAGUUGUUUUUAUUUACCAAACAUUCACUUUUCUCCAGACAUUGGAAACAAAGUAUUUCUAUCAGCAAGUUCCAUCUGGAAUGUUGGGACUUGAACUUUUGUGGGAUAAACUCGAGCCAAAUGUGGGGGCAGUGAGUGUUUGGAGGUUUUUACACCACUUGCCAAGCUUACUGACGUUCUGGAUGCUUUAAAGCUCUCUCAGGAUGGCAUCUGACAACCUCCGUUCUACUGCACUAGAGUAAGAAGCUUGUAGUAGUAUUUACACUGUCAGAGCACUUCACAAACUUGAACUUCAUGCUCAUAGUUGUUUGAAAGAGGCUCCCAGGAGCCCCUUAUCCAUGAGCAGUUUGGAAAACCAAGGAAUCGGACUGAGGUAUUGAUGGUGCCACUUGCUCAAGGCUGCAGACAGAAGCUCUUCAGUUAAUCUGCUUCCUUUUCCAGUGUUUACACAGAAACUUUCUGCUCACACAGCCUGAGCCAACACCAACCUGGCAUUUCUUUUGGCUCCUGAUUUCACCUGAUAAGUCUGGAGGUGACUGGGCUGCAGGGAGGGACACUCGGUUACUCGCAGUUUCCUUCCAAAGCAGCACAUUCGGUGCUUCUGCCCGUUCCCUUUGCAGUUGUUCCAGGUGUUGUGGGCACCGCGGAGCCGCCCGUGCAUUUUGGCGGCUGCGCUGAACUUCUCUGGUGUUCUGCUGUAGCAUCGCCUUCCUUAGAAUGUGAAUUUUGCCAUAACUUUUGUUCCAUUGUUCUUCCAUUCCAUUUCUUUUUGUAAUUAAGUGGUUUAAUAAAACUAACUCCUUUGUGUAA